AUGCUGACGCUGCGCUGGCUUGGCCCGCACUCAGUCCCGCGUCUCCCCGCAGUCCAUGCCCGCAGCAGUGACGCGCGCCACCAGUCCUCUCCCUCCUCCGGGAACCUACUCGUGUACCUGGACGUAGGCGCAGACGGGCAGCUGCUUGGCAGCGUGGUGCUAGAGCUAAAAGCAGAUGUCGUGUCAAAGACUGCAGAAAACUUCAGAGUCCUGUGUACUGGUGAGAAGGGUUUUGGCUACAAAGGCUCAACUUUCCACCGGGUGAUUCCCUCCUUCAUGUGCCAGGCAGGCGACUUCACCAACCACAAUGGCACAGGUGGAAAGUCUAUUUAUGGAAGCCGCUUUCCUGAUGAGAACUUAACGCUGAAACAUGUGGGAGCACGUGUCCUGUCCAUGGCGAAUGCUGGCCCAAACGCCAAUGGCUCCCAGUUCUUGAUUUUCACUAUCAAAGGUUGGCUGGAUGGCAAAUAGUUGUAUUCGGCCACGUCAGAGGGCAUGGAUGUUGUGAAGAAAAUCGAAUCUUUUGGCUAUAAGAACGGGAAGACAUCCAAGAAGAUUGUCAUCACAGACUGUGGCCAGCUGAGCUAA